UAAUUUCAAUACGUAGAAAAGAAGGAGGGGGGAGGAAAACUACGGGUUGCAACAAAUGCAGCGAUGUAAACAAACCACCAGCUGACUGUAAUCUGUCACAUUAUUUUAUAAUUAUAUAUUUUUUAGAUGAAUACAGUUUGAAUUUUAACGUUAUGUGCUUUUAACGGUUGGUCUGAAUCUCCGGUUGACACGUCAUCGCUGCUCCGUUUGAACAUGAUAUAUCAUAUCCCUUGGAUCAACACGCCGGUGCGGACUGUCCUGGCAAUCUGGCACCAGCUGACCAAGACCGAGAUCCCAGAGCUGGCCAAGUGCUCGGUGCUGAUGAGAGAGCGCAGCAGAGUGGAGGAGACAAUCCACGCCAUGCAGCGAGCAGGUGCAGGCAACCUGCAGGUAAUCUCAGACUUCGAUAUGACACUGACAAGGUUUGCCCACAACGGCAAGAGAGUGCCCACCACACACAACAUCCUGGAUAACCGGUUGUUGAUCAAUGAGGACUGCACUAAAAAGAUAAGGGCUCUGUUGAACACCUACUAUCCCAUAGAGAUUGACCCAAGCAGGAGUGCUGAAGAAAAGCUGCCUCUCAUGGUGGAAUGGUGGACUAAAGUCCACGAGCUGCUGAUUGAGCAGAGGAUCAGGAAGGACAUGCUGGCUCAGGCAGUUAAGGAAUCCAGCGCUAUGCUCAGGGACGGCUACAAAGUGUUUUUUGACCAUCUGGCGGAGCAGCAGAUCCCUCUGUUGAUCUUCUCGGCUGGUGUUGGAGACGUCCUGGAAGAGGUGAUCCAACAGAACCACGUCUUCCAUCCAAAUGUCCACAUCAUCUCCAACUACAUGGACUUUGACCAGACUGGGGUUCUCCGAGCCUUCAAAGGCCAACUGAUCCACACCUUCAACAAGAGGGAAGGAGCUCUGUCACAUGCAGCUGGCCUCACAGAGCUCCAGGGUCGACCCAACGUGCUGCUGCUGGGGGACUCUUUAGGAGAUCUGACCAUGGCUGACGGGGUGUCCGAGCACGAGAACAUCCUCACCAUUGGCUUCCUCAACGAUCAGGUGGAAGAGAGAAAAGAGUCGUACAUCAACUCCUUCGACAUCGUUCUGGUGAAGGACGAGACGAUGGACGUCCCGAACGCUGUUCUCAGACACAUUACCUCAUCGAGAAACGGCAAGUAACGACGCACAAGGAGGAACCGGACACUUAAUGAAAACGUACGCACAGAUGGACUUGUUCACUCCACUGCACCGUGUUGCAUGCUAGACAAUGACACAUCACCACGUACCUCAAACCAGGCCUUAAAACUGGACUUUUUUCACCACUGCGUACACGGCAAUGUGCCAACAGCACAGAAUUUAUAUAGUCUCAGUUUUUUUUACCAGCAGCCCUCCCUCUGAAAACAAUCAACCACCUCUUGAAAAUGUUUCCAUAAACAUAUUUCUCACUUUUCUGUUUUAUUUCACUCCUUUUAUAGGACGAUUUUUGCUAUUUUUAUGUACCGAAUUUUACUUUUACAGCAUGAGGAUGGGCUACUUUGUAAUAUGUUUUACAGGUAUUUCUAGAUGAAUCUUUAUCUGCCAAUUCUACCACAGAUUGACAAUGUUCUGGUG